UUUUUCUUCCUCCAGCCGCUUCCUCCCGUCACCUCCCGACCCGCCGGGGCUGGAGCCACUGCCGGCCACCGGCCCCUCCUGCCGUGCCCCGACGGCCCUUCCGCGCCCGCGUCGCGGCCCUUUCAGCUCCCCUUAUGACGAGGCCUGCGGCCGCCUGCCCGGGGCAGGCCGGCAGGAGAAGGUGGAGGUUAGAGGUCUGUGAGCUCCCGAGUCCCGAGGACGCGCCGCGGGGGGGAUCCGGAGCCCUGGGCGUGAGCGCCCCCCUGUGUGGCCCUUCACGCCGCUCCUCUCCCCCGUGUCAGCCCCUUUCUAUGUCUCGAUGUGGGAAGGCUUCCUCCCACACGUCUCAUUUUUCACUGUUUUGUCUUAAAGUGAGCCAAGGCCAGUGUCUUACUGUUUAUGGGCCCGACAGUAAAUUAAUUGAGUCUGAUCUCUAAUGCCCGCUGAUAAGGAACUUCUUCACAGCUUUGGCUUUCUUCCUUUAUAAAUAGAGAUUAAUAGAGCUAUCUCAGUCAUGAGAAUUAUUAAAAUAAUUUGUAAGCCUCUCAAAAAGCAAAGAGCUUUAAAAAACAAAGAGAAAGUAAUGCUGCUGUGAGGAUAUAAUUAUAGCUUUCACAUAAAUGAAGCUUACAACUAUCAUGAUUUAGUGACACAGAAAGAAAAAACUUUAAUGGAUGAAAGGGGGCAUUUCUGGAGCUAGUAAAAUGCUUGAGGCCUGGAAUCCAAACUUGAGCUUCUACCUAAAGCCCAAGAGUUUCUUUUUAAGAGAAAACAGUUUUUUACCUCCUAGUGGAAAUUUCAUUGAUUAUUCAUCUGACAUUUACAGCUAUUAAAUAGUAGAAGAAAAUGGAAUUAAAUAUGACAUCAAUAUGGAACAGUCGGAUUCAUUAGGAGUCAACCAUAAUGAUUCUAAAGAUUCUAAAGGAGAGUCUCCAUUGUUUGAGCAUCUAACCUGUAUGGACUCCGGAGAUCUUCCCUUUGAACAAAAUAGUUCUUCUGAAGUUGUACCCACAAUUACUCAUGAAGCACAUAAUUCAGUAACAACACAGACUCUGACUCAGACACAAACUCUUUCUGCGGAGCAAUUCGAUCUGGUUGACCAAAAUGGGCAACCAAUUCAAAAUGAACUUCAGCCAUUGGAGGAUUCUAGUGCACCAUCGAUGAUUGUUGCCAGCCCAUCAGAAAAUGAUGGGCAAGUACUUCAUGUAAUUCCAUCUACUCAGACAGAAGUGGCACAAGUGAUUGUACCUCAGGGGCAACUUGUGGAUGUGAAUAAUCCUCAGAAUGUCUCUAAAGAGAAAUCCAAUGAUGAAGAUGUACCAAAUGUAGGAGGGGGUAUUCUCGGAGACAGUACCAGUACUUACAUUCUUCAUCCACAAGAAUCUCUCACAUUGCCCGAAGAGACAGCGACAGGAAUGGUUGAAGAACCCUCUCUGGCUCCUCUCCAGACACUCACAUCUAACACACCCAUGUGGGCCUGUCGUCUUAGGAGCUGUCAGAGAAUUGGAGAUUCAUACCGUGGCUACUGUGUUAGUGAGAGUGAACUAGAAAGUGUUCUAACUUUUCACAAGCAACAAACAAAGAGUGUUUGGGGUACCCGCCAAUCUCCAAGCCCAGCCAAGCCAGCUACACGCUUGAUGUGGAAAUCACAGUAUGUUCCAUAUGAUGGAAUUCCAUUUGUCAAUUCAGACAGGUCUUGGGCAACCAUAUGUGGAAUUAAAUCCAGUUGGUUUUGGCCCACAGGGAGUAGAGCUGUGGUAAUGGAAUGUCAGUAUGGGCCAAGGAGAAAAGGUUUCCAGUUAAAAAAAAUCUGCGAACAGGAAAACAUGACUUGUCAACUCUACAAAGCUACUUGUCCAGCUCGGAUUUACAUCAAAAAGGUGCAGAAAUUUCCUGAAUAUAGUGUUCCAACAGACCCCAAAAUUGACAAGAAAAUAAUCCGAAUGGAGCAGGAGAAAGCCUUUAAUAUGCUAAAGAAGAACAUGGUUGAUGCUGGUGGUGUUCUUAGGUGGUAUGUACAGCUACCCACACAGCAAGCUCAUCAAUAUCAUGAAUUAGAGAUUCCCUACCGCCGCUUGUCAUCUACCACUCUUCCUAUGCCAUCUCUUGAGGAAGAGAAUGCUGCAGUUAGGGAUGAGAAUUGUGCAUUAGCCUCACGUCUGCAUCCUAAAGUAGCUUAUAAGAUUCAAGAAUUAGUAUCACAAGGAAUAGAACAAGUAUAUGCAGUAAGGAAACAGCUAAGAAAUUUUGUGGAAAGGGAAUUGUUCAAACCUGAUGAGGUACCUGAAAGACACAAUUUAUCCUUUUUUCCAACUGUAAAUGAUCUAAGAAAUCACAUCCAUGAGGUACAGAAAUCCUUGAGAAAUGGAGAUAAUGUGUAUAACUCAGAGAUUAUUCCUACCACGCUGGAGUGGACUACAGAUAAUAGAAAUGUUAUUGGAGAAACUGUGACAGUUGCAUCUGCAGAAGGAAAUUCAGCAGGAGACUCAGUUACUGCUAACGUAGAAACAAAGCAAACAAAUUCUUUAUCUUUGGAGCCAGCCCACUUUCUCUCCUCAUUUUCCUCAUUUCCACCCAAAGUAUUUACCCAGCUUCAGGGUUUGCAGUUUACCGCUUCUGAUGGAUCAUCAACUCUGAUAUCAGAAAAUAACCACUCCUCCUCAAGUCCUUCCAGACUUCUGGAUUCAAUAGAAAGUACUGUAAUGAACAAUAAUUCUCUCCUACUUGAUCAAGGUCAUAACCUUCAAACAGAUACUUGCCUCACUGAAAACAAUAGUAUUGCUUCUGCCAUGGGUAACCUUCCAGAACCAGUUCAAAAUCUGGUUGCAGUGGAUCAGUUGAUAGAAGAUGGAGAUGUGCAAGAUACAGACAAUCUGGAAAGAAGUGUUCAUCAGAUUCUGUUGGGAGAUGUGGAUACCGUAGAUACCAUUCCAAUACAUAUUAUAGACACCCACCCAGCUCUUAUUGAAGAACAUCCAGAAGAUACCAUUUCUGUGGACCAAGAUAAGCAAGAAUCCAAAGAACCAGUAUUGUCUAUGGAAUAAAAAAUAAAUUGGGACUGUAAGAAUUUAAUUUAUUGAAGCUUUUCAUAACUUACAACUGGUGACAUCUGUUGUCAGAAAAGAAGGUGAAUAUUGUCAAAGUGCAGCAUUAUGAUAAGUGGACAGAAGAGUAAUUCCAUGAAAAGCUUUGAUGUAAAACUGAUGUAUUUGAUGCCAAUUUCAUAAUUUUUACUUAAGAUACCUUAUUUUGUAUUAAUACUGUGUGUUUUGAUGAUCUUAUAAGGCAGUAUAUCAGAAGACUAUCUGAACUUAUCCAUGUCUGAAAACAAACAUGUUAUACUCUGAAAAAUACCCAAAUUUAAUUCUUACAAGGCAAAAAUAACAAAAACAAUGUGUGAAUGUAUGUUUGUAUGUUGUAACUUUUUCAAGUUUUAAAAGAACUUCCUCUUAAAAGUUGUGAAGAAUUUCUUUUUAAUCGGCAGACAGAUGAGAGUCUGUCCUAUUUGGAAAGAUGAAACAAUAGAUUUUAUAUUCAUGUUACCCAGAAGUCACAUUUUUGUAAUCUGUGUAGCUGUAUUUUAGCUUUUUGCAUUCUACUUUUUGUCUUAACAACUACAGACUUAAUACAAAAGUCACCUAGUAGUAAUUUAAAUUGUUUUAAUAAUUCUGGAAAUUUCAACCUGAAUUAAUCACAUAUAAAACAGAAACAAAUUUAUAAACAGUAUUGUAAUGAAACAGUAUUUCUAUAGAUGUAGAAAUGGUGAGAAUCAAAAAAAAAGAAUAAUAGAGUUCCUGAUGCUUACAAAUAAUUCAGAAACUUUUUAAAAUCAGCAGAGAAUUUCCCCCUCUAUUUUGUAUUGAAGAUUUUGCUCUUGUUUGAAGAAUAUUUGAAUUAUAUUUAUUUUUCUGUGUCAGAGUUCUUAUUGAAUGGAUAACAUUAGAAUGUAUAAUAUUUCAAGGUAAGUAUAGUUUAAAAUUUAGUUUUUGUUUAAAACAUAAAAAAGUUGAGUAUUAGCUUUAAAUACAAAAUAAAAACUAAUCAUUAUAAGUUUGCUUUGUGAAGAAAUUAACCUAAAGGUUUUCCCCAGAGGUCACUGUUGAUAUAGCUGAAAUUUAAUUUAAAAAUAAUGAAGGACAGGAGAGACAGUACAGGGUUUAGGCUCCUAACUUGUAUUCUAAAAUAGUGCCCGGUUCUGAUCUGUGACACUAUGUAUGACCCUUGAAUCACUACCAGGAUUGAUCCCUGAGCACACAGGAUCAGGAGUAAUCCCUAAGCACUGCCAGUUGUAACCCCCUCAAAAUCAAAAAUAAAUAAAAAUUAAAAUACUAAGGAUUGUGACUGGAGCGAUAGUACAAAGUUAAGGUGCUUGCCCUACACAUUGCCAACUCUGAAUCAAUCUACAGCACUGCUUAUUAUCUCCUUAGCACCACAAAAAGUGAUUCCUGAACACAGAGCCAGAAAUAAGCACCUGCAGGUGUAGACCCCCAAAGCAGUAAAAUAAAAUAAAAGUGUUUCUGGGGCCAGAAAUGCGGAUGAAUGGUAGGACACAUUCCUCAUAUAUUUGAAUAUGGGUUUCAUCCAUAGUACCACCAAAAACAAAAAUUUGUUUAAAGUAUAUUUAAAAAUAAAGCAGCCAAAUAUAACAUGAAAUUUAACAGUACAUAAAUAGCACUGUUGUCCCAUUGUUUAUUGAUUUUCUCGAGUGGGCACCAGUAAUGUCUCCAAUGUAAACUUGUUACUGUUUUUGGCAUAUCUAAUAUGCCUGGGGAGCUUGCCAGGCUCUGCCAUGCAGGGCGGGAUACUCUCGGUAGCUUUCUGGGCUCUCCGAAAGGGACGGAGGAAUCGAACCCGGGUCGGCCACUUGCAAGGCAAACGCCUUACGUGCUGUUCUAUCACUCCAGUCACAUAACUGAGUUAUUUUUGCCUUUUUAAAAUCCAACCUCCUGUUACUAAUUCAUUUUAACAGUUUUGGGUACAUUAAAGCACUCUUAACUGGAAUUCUAAAAUUCCUUAUUCUUUGGAUAAAUAUGCUGUUUACUAUAAAGUAUAUCACUAUAAAUAUAGUACAUAUUCAAUUAUAGCUAUACAUUUUGAUAAGAAUUGGUUCUCUUAUUUCUAAGAAUUGAAAAUACUUUAUGUUAGCAAUGAUAGGGGCAGCUUAUAAAAUUCUGGGGUUUUUUUUGUUUGUUUUGCUUUUUAGGUCACAUCUGACAAAUGCCCAGGGGUUAUUCCUGGCUCUUUAUUCAGGAAUCAUUCCUGGUGGUGCUCAGGGUACCAUAUGGGAUGCUGGAAUUGAGCAUGGGUUGGCCAUGUGCAAGGCAAAUGCCCUACCCUCUGAACUAUUGCUCUAGCCCCUAAAGUUCUGUUGUUAUGCUAUGUUAAAUACAGCUUAGUUAUUUCAAAACCAUAUUUUUAUAAUAUUAAUUUUUUAAUUUUUGAGCCACAUCCAACAGCGCUCAGGAAGUCAUUCCUGACAGGCUCUUAGGAACACACGUGAUGCUAGGGAUUAAACUUGGGCUGGCCGAGUGCAAGGCAAAUGUUCUACCUAUUCUGCUAUCACUCUGGCUCCCUUAAAACCCAGAUCUUUUAGUAUGUAUGUACUUAGAAGGGUUAAAUCUAAGUUAAUUUUUAGCUGAGUGUUAUUUUGUAGAUAAUAGUCUUUUCAUUUUUAUUUCUUGCUUUCAUAGAUCUUUACAACUUUUAGGGGACUAGAGCUGGUAAUGCAUUUAUUUGCCUUAUACAUGGCAGACCCGGGUGGGUUUGAUCUUCAGCAUCUCUUAUGGUCCCCGCCAGGAGUAACACCUGAGCACCAUUGGGUGUGGCCCCCCAAAUCCAAACAAUAACAAAAAAUUUACAGAAAUAGUUUAUUAAUUAUUUCACAAAUUGAACUAUGUUCUUUUGGAGACAUUCUUUUUUUGAUGUUGAGUUGCAAAGGAGAAAUGCUUUGAAAAUAUAAAUCCUAGACAGUUACCAUUGACAAUGAAAUAUGUUAGAGGAUUCAUGCUUUGGAACUACUUCAUAUACAAAGUAUAGCUAAAAAAUACUUUGUUUUAUUCUUUAUGAGUAUCUCUUCUGUUACAGUUUUUUCUUAUCAGUAUUGAGUUACAAUUCAUCCUCCCCAGAAACAAACAAAAAAGAACAAAAAGAACUUUAAAGAAGGCUUAAAUUCCUAAUUCUAUACUUUUUUGGUUUUUAGGUAGAAACUGGAACUAUCAGUAUUUUCAUGUAAGUAUUUCAAUCAGUAGGUCUUUAAAAAUGGUUUCCAAAUUAGUUUUCAACAAUUUAUUUGUUCUGUAAAUGCAUCUUCAGUAACAGUAUAUCAAUAUUUUAAAGAUGCUUAGCAUUGCUUUUUAAAAAGAAUACUUACAUAUUUUAAUUUUUAUCAUUUUUAAAUGAACAGGAUAUCAAAUGCAAGUGCAUAAAAAUUUGGUUAUCUAUAUUUGGCGUUCUCCUAUACAGCUCUACAGCAAAGUUUGACCUAAGCUCUUUUGUUUUAUAUGCUUCGGGGUAUAAAUACCUUUUGUAAUAAGAUGAACAUUUGAAAUAUGCAGCUAAGAAUUCAUAAUUACAGCCAGCUUCAUUUUUCAUCGUAGUUUUCAUGUUUCAAGCUUUCAAAUAAACUUGAUAUGUGUGCAUCAGUUAAUUGUAGAUAAACUCAGCCAAGAUGUAUAUUUCCCGCAACAGUAAUUUUCUAUGUAAGCACACUUAACAUACUUAAAAAAGAAAACUUUUAUAUCAUAUACAUGGUGAAUAUUUUCUACCACUCAUGAAAGUGGUACAGUGCAUAAAUUUGGACAUCUGGUUCUGCAUCAUAAUUUCUAAUUUUGAGGCCCACCAGCUUGUGUUUCUUUAUAUGCCAUCAGAUAUAUACUUAAUCAUGUAAGUAGAACAAAAAUAUUGUUUAACUUGUUCCAGGUUAAAAAAUUUUAAUGUGUAUUAUAAUUUAAUGUAAAAUAUCCUUGCUACAUUGUAAUUUUUUCAUUAAAGUGUAUUAUUUUUCUUAAA